AUGAGGAUUGCUGCUCGGAAAAAGAUAAGGACGUUCGGGCAUAGGGAGUUCCUAUUCCUGAUGCAUAAGCCGUGCAGAGUAUGGAUAAGGGGGGAGCAAGUUCUGUCGACGAUCGGAUUUGAGAGGCAGCUUGUCUCCAUGGGCCAUCAAGCAUGUGGUGCUCUUGAGCUUUGGAACUACCCUUUGUUCUUUAGAGAGCUCAUUGCACAGAACGUUGACGGAACCGAACGACCUGAUCAUGUCGACAUGCCUGCUCUCGAAAUUUAUCGAGAUAGGGAAAGGAACGUUCCGAGGUACAACGAAUUCCGACGUAGGCUUCUGAUGAUUCCUAUCUCCAAAUGGGAGGAUUUGACCGAUGAUCGAGAAGCAAUAACAGCUCUACAACAAGUAUACGGAGAAAACAUUGAGAAGUUGGAUCUUCUCGUGGGCCUUAUGGCUGAGAAGAAGAUAAAGGGCUUCGCGAUAAGUGAAACUGCUUUCUUCAUUUUUACUAUAAUGGCAACGAGGAGGUUAGAAGCAGAUCGGUUCUUCACGAGCUACUUCAAUGAGGACGCGUACACGAAGACGGGCCUCGAGUGGGUAAAUAGCACGGAGAGCCUUCGAGAUGUUAUCCAUCGCCAUUACCCGAACAUCACUAGCAAGUGGAUGAACUCCACCAGCGCAUUUACUGUGUGGGAUGCUCCACCGAAUUCCUUCAAUCCCAUCCCGCUGCUUCUUCGUUUUCCUCCUGCUUAAGAGAACAGCUGUGCUACAUAUGACCACUUGUUUUCGUACAUAUAUUUUUCGUCGAUUAAUAAGCUUUGCAAGUUUGAUUGUCUGAAGAAAAUAAGAAGGGAACCACUGUUGUUAAUUAUUUAUGCACUAACUAUGAAAUAAAGGAAGUCCAAUAUAUAGUUUGGGCUCGGAUAUUCUCUAACAUAUAUACUCGGUGAUUUAUUUAUGUUUA